AUGCUGCGGUUCUACCGCGACGUCCUGCGACUGCCACUCCAUUCCUUCCACGAGGACGAGGGUUUCGCGGCCUUUGAACUGGGCGACAUACGUUUCAAUGUGGGCCGGCACGGCGACGUGAGCGGCGAGUCAAAAGAUCCCCUGCGCGUGAUGCCUCACCUGGGCGUCGACGAUAUUCACGCCGAGCACGCCCGCCUCUCCGCCGCCGGCGUGCCGUUCAUCCGCGUUCCCGAGCGGGAGCACUGGGGCGGGUGGGUCGCCACCCUCAAGGAUCCCGACGGGAACGUACUGCAACUGCUGCAGUUCCCCGAUUAG